GUAGAAAGAUUCUUUUUUCCUUUUGCUACUUCUCUUCCUCCUUUUAAUUUGUUUUCACACUAAUAGCCUUUUUUCUCUUUUGCUUCUUAUUUUCCCAUUGACUUGGUACUGGACCAUAUAUACAAAGUUGGCCAGUCAAUUUGUAACAUACACCACAUAAAAGGUUCCUUUUUUUUUUUAAUGAGAAUUUUUUAUAGAGUCAUACAUUUGUUUGAAUUUUGUGUCGUGUCCAUUCAAACUAUGUCAUACAAAUUGGAACAAACAGAGGUACAAGACCGACAACUUUUCGUCUACUUGUGAAAUAAGUCAACUGGAGAUUCAUUUUCUUUUUCUAAUAUGGGUAUCCUUUUCCAUUUCUCUUGAUAGCAGUGUGUUUCCAAUUCAUAGUAACAGCAUGGAGAAACACAUUUUCUUAUUGAUACUUCUCUUCCUAGUUCAAGUUUACGCUGUUGCGUCGAUAUUGGUUACUUCCUCUAAUGAAACAGACCAAGAGGCUCUACUAGCUUUUCGAAAUCUUAUUAGAAGUGAUUCUAGUCAUUUUUUGGCUAAUAAUUGGACCAAGAAUAGUACUUCAUUUUGCUCUUGGUUCGGUGUCACUUGUAGUCCCAGAAGGCAAAGGGUUGUGGCCUUGAAUCUUCCGGAUUUGCAACUUCCAGGCACAAUUUCGCCGUCCUUGGCCAAUUUGUCCUUUCUCAGGGAGCUCAAUCUUGGAAACAACAGCUUCCACGGUAACAUCCCUUAUGGCAUAGGCAACUUGCCUCGCUUGCGAGUGAUUGAUAUUCAAAACAACCAGCUCCAAGGAAGUAUUCCAGCAAGUCUAUUUCAACACCAAAGAGUUCAAAUCAUUUCAUUGGCUUUCAAUAAACUCAGUGGUGAAAUGUGGAACGGUACAUGGUAUGUACCGGAACUCAGAGUCUUAAAUCUCAGGAACAAUACUCUCACCGGGAGAAUCCCUCCUUCUAUUGGAAAUGCCACAAAAUUGAUGAACUUCAGUUUGCAUGGGAAUAGAAUCAGUGGCAAUAUUCCAAAGGAAAUUGGUAAUCUGAGCCAACUUGCAGAGCUGUUCUUGUCGCGUAACCAGUUGACAGGUUCCAUUCCCACAACAUUGUUUAAUAUCUCUUCCCUUCUUGUCGCGUCUCUGGCAUUUAAUAGCCUUUCUGGUCCUCUCUUGCUUGGUGAAGGCAAUAUUUUAUCAAAUCUCGAGCAUCUAGGUAUGUCUUACAAUCAAAUUUCUGGUCGCAUUCCUUCCAACAUCUGUCAACUCAAAGAGCUCAAAGUUUUGUCCAUAUCUUUCAACAACAUAACUGGGGAAAUGCCCAGAAAUGUUGGUUGUUUAACCAAGCUCGAGGAGUUGUAUAUUGGUUAUAAUCCAAUAAAUGGUAGAAUUCCUACCUCAUUGGGCAAUAUUUCCACUCUGCAAAAACUUCAUUGUGGAAAUAAUAGCAUGAUUGGGGAAAUUCCUCCGGAAUUGGGGAAGCUAUCAAAUUUAAGAGAAAUAGAUUUUUCAGAAAAUUAUAAUCUUACAGGUGAGAUUCCAAAUUCUAUUUUCAACAUAUCUUCGUUGGAAUUUAUUGUUUUCAGUUUCAACUACCUCUCAGGUAGGAUUCCGGUUCUUCUUCAUUUUCCAAACCUUAUACAACUUUUCUUGGCAAACAAUCAGCUCGAAGGGGAAAUUCCUCGGUACAUAACAAAUGCUACAAAGCUUGAGUCAUUGGACCUAUCAGUAAACCGUCUCACGGGCACCAUUCCUAAUAAUUUAGGAAAUCUUCGCAAGCUGAAACAACUGUUCCUUCAUCAUAAUCAACUUAUUGAGUUGGGAUUCUUCGAUUCUUUGGUGAAUUGUAGGAUGUUGCAAUAUGUACAAGUGGGAUCGAAUCCAUUGAAUGGAGUUUUGCCCAGUAGUAUUGGAAAUCUUUCGUCUAAUGUUGAAUACUUUCAUAUUGGAGAUGCACAAAUCAGUGGAUUCAUUCCCACUAGUACAGGCAACAUGAGCGGUCUUACAACCUUAGUUUUUCAAGAUAACAACUUGACCGGAAAUAUUCCUCGUGAGAUCGGUAGGCUUAAACAACUCCAAGGUCUAUUUCUAAUUAACAAUGAACUACAGGGGGAUAUUACGGCGGUAGUAUGUGAUUUAUCUAAUUUGGUUCGAUUAAGUCUAUCUGAUAAUGAGCUCUCCGGGGUGAUUCCAAAUUGUAUAGGGAAUCUUAGCAUGCUGCAACAACUUUUUUUGGGUUCUAACAAUUUUGGAUCAGAGCUUCCUUUAAGCAUUUGGAAGAUGAGAGGUUUACUCUUUGUAAACAUUUCGCUAAAUUCUCUAGAGGGAGAAGUUCCAUCAGAUAUCGGAGAACUUAAAGCCAUUGUAGAGAUCGAUAUUUCUGGUAACCACUUUUCAGGGAUGAUACCAAGCAAUUUGGGUGAACUCCAAAAUUUGCAGUUACUUUCCCUAUCGAACAAUUCAUUUUCAGGUCCAAUUCCAUUAUCCUUUUCAAACUUGAUAAGCUUGGAGAUCUUGGAUUUGUCUUUAAAUAACUUGUCAGGUACUAUUCCUAAGUCUUUUGAAAAGCUCUCAUACCUUCAAAGCAUCAAUGUUUCGUUUAAUGCUUUAGAGGGUGAAAUACCUAGUGGUGGUGUGUUUGCGAAUUCCACUCUGCAAUCAUUUCUUGGGAACAAAGGUCUUUGUGGAAGGAACAUAUCGGAGGUUCCUGCUUGUGCUAUUACUAAUCCUGAACAACAAGCAAAAUCUAAGAAGCUUGCACUGAAAAUUGUUACUCUGGUAGUUAUUUCAUUCUUUCUGAUAUUGUUGUUGGUCAUCUCAAUUUGGAUAAAGAAACGAAAGAAGAAUGGGAAGUCCAAAGAUGUUGAAAAGGUUCCAGAGAUGAGGACUUAUCAAUUGAUUUCUUAUCAUGAGAUUCAACGAGCAACAAAUAAUUUUGAUGGAUCCAAUUUAAUUGGCGUGGGCGGUUCUGGCUCUGUGUACAAAGGCACAUUGCCGAGCGGAAUUGUGGUUGCAAUAAAGGUUCUGGAUUUGCAUCAUGAGGAAGUAUGCAAAAGGUUUGACACUGAAUGUGAAGUGAUGAGAAAUGUUAGACAUAAAAAUAUUGUUUCGGUGAUCACUACGUGCUCAAGCCAACACAUACGAGCCUUUGUUCUGCAAUAUAUGCCCAAUGGAAGUCUUGACAAUUGGUUGUACAAAGAAGAUCGCCACUUAAACCUUCUUCAAAGAGUUACCAUAAUGCUUGACACAGCCAUGGCAAUUGAAUAUCUACAUCAUGGUAAUGACACCCAAAUAGUUCAUUGUGAUCUAAAGCCAGCCAACGUUCUUUUGGAUGAUGAUAUGGUGGCUCAUGUAGGUGAUUUUGGCAUCUCUAAGAUUUUAGCAGUAAGCAAGUUCAUGUCACAUACAAAGACAUUGGGCACUCUUGGAUAUAUUGCACCAGAAUAUGGCUCGGAGGGAAUAGUGUCUACUAGUGGUGAUGUUUACAGUUAUGGCAUCAUGUUGAUGGAAGUUUUGGCAAAAAGAAGGCCAACAGAUGAAGAGAUAUCCAAUGAAAAUCUUGGCUUGAGGGAGUGGAUAACGCGAGCAUUUCCAAGAACUAUAAUGGAAGUUGUGGAUGCUGAUAUUUUUCAUGAUGAGGAAAAUAUCGCUUCGAAAAGUGAAAUCUGCAUACUUUCCAUGAUAGAAGUGGCUUUGGAUUGCACAAAGGAAAUGCCGGAAUCUAGAAUGACCAUGAAUGAUGUAGUCAAGAGGCUUUACAAAAUUAAGAACACAUUUAUGGAAACGGAGAAGUUAGUGUGAUCUCUUUUGAUGGUAUAAUUCUUUCUGAGUUGCAAGUUAAUUUUUUUUUUUUUUUUGUUUACAUUCAGUUCUUAAUAAAGUCGUCUGUGGCCAUGUACCGUUUGUACUUCAAAGUAUCGCAUUUCCCUCAUUUUGAUUUGGUAGGUAAUAUCGAUGAAGCUACCGGGAGGGCUAUGAACUUAGAAAUGAAGAGCGAUUUGAAGAAA